AUGCCCGUCACAGCUUUUACAUCGCCGGAUAGGUACACUUAUCAGAAUGGCUUCCAGUCCUAUCACGAAACCGAGGCCGUCAAGGGUGCGCUUCCCGUGGGCGCAAAUUCGCCCCAAAAGCCCCCCUAUGGAUUGUAUGCCGAGAAACUAUCAGGAACUGCAUUUACAGCACCAAGAUGUGAGAACUUGCAGACUUGGCUUUAUCGUGUCAUUCUAGCAGCAGCACAUUCCAACUUUGUUCCACGUCAACUGGACUUUGCUGAAGAUGGCCCCACCAAGUAUCACCAGAUUCCCAAUCGGCUGCGAUGGGAUCCAUUCGAUAUUGAUGAAUCGGUGGAUUGGCCGAGCUCUUUGAGGCUUGUGGCAGGUGCAGGUGGGCUGGAUACAAUCACCACCUUAGUGGCAUGGAGCAUUGGAUUGCUUGCGCAACGUCCAGAUAUCCAAGACAAAGCUCAUAAGGCAAUUGAAGAGUUCUACAGCACCAAGCAGCCUUUGUGCGAUGCUCUCGAGGACCAGAGAUGCAAGUAUAUUGUGGCUUUGAUUCCAAAGGGCAGCAUCUUCUUUCUGAGUGCAUGGGCUUGCAAUAUGGGUACGUCUGUCCGAGCCGUUUAUGGUUAUCUCGUUUUCCUCCUGCGAAUUGUUGCCUACCUAGACGACAACGUCUGGGAAGACCCUGAAGUCUUCCGGCCCGAACGUUGGUUUGAGCAAGACGACGCACCCUUCUUCACAUACGGCAUGGGAUACCGCAUGUGUGCUGGAUCGCUGCUGGCUAACCGAGAGCUCUACUUGAUCUUCAUGCGUCUCAUCAACUCGUUCAAGAUCGAAAAGGAGAUUGAGUUCGAUGCUCAUCCUGUGUCUGGUAAUAUGGACCCUACUAGUCUGGUUGCGAUGCCGAAGAAGUAUUAUGCGCGAUUUGUUCCACGAGAUGAAGCGGCGCUGCGUGGAGCUUUGAAAGAAUUUGAGGUUGUUGAGUGA